AUGCCGAUUUUUCCCAAACUAAGCGCAUUUAUAGUAACGGAGCAACAAGGGUUUAAUGAUUGGAAACAUUCAUUUGAAAGAGUUACUGAUCACGAAAAUUCCAAUAAACAUAAAGAAUGUGAAAGACUUUUAAGAGCACGAUCAAGGAACCAAGGUCGGAUUGACCAGAAAUUAUCUGCUGCAAUUGACGAAGAAGUUAAUUAUUGGAAAAAUGUUUUGCGAAGAGUUGUGUCGUGUGUAAAAUCAUUAGCGUCACGAGGACUUUCUUUCAGAGGACAUGAUGAAAAAUUUGGAUCCACGCACAAUGGAAAUUUUAUGAUGCUCCUGGAAUUAUUAGCAAAAUUUGAUCCAUUUUUAGCAAAUCAUAUAAAUAGAUUCGGUAAUAAAGGUAGCGGUAGUACAAGCUAUCUGUCAAAAACUAUUUAUGAAGAGCUUAUUCAAUUAAUGGCGAAAAAAGUUUCAACUGCAAUUGUCAAGGAAACAAAGGAAGCAAAAUAUUAUUCCAUCAUUGUAGAUUCCACCCCAGAUAUUUCCCAUGUCGAUCAACUUACAUUUAUCGUACGAUACGUGAAAAACGAUGGUUCUGCCGUAGAACGUUUUUUAACUUUCAUCGAAAAUCCGGGACACAAAGCCGAGAGCUCGCAACUGCAAGGUCAGUCUUAUGAUAACGCAAGAAACAUGUCAGGCAUUUACACAGGACUACAAGCAAGAAUUAAGGAAGUAAACCCAUACGCUGAAUAUGUUCCUUGUUCAGGACAUUCGCUAAACUUGGUUGGCAACUGUGCAGCAGAAUGUUGUUUAGAAGCAGUGAAAUAUUUUCGAAUGGUUCAAAAUUUAUACAACUUUUUUUCUGCUUCCACACAUCGAUGGAAAAUUUUAAACUCAUUUUCUGACACACAAAAUGUCAGAGUAAAAUCUCUUUCCGUUACGAGAUGGUCGGCGCGAAGUGAUGCUAACAAGACGAGUUUGAAAAAGCAAGUACACGAAGCGAAGCUGAAGGAAUCAGGUCUCAAAUGGAAUGUACAAAGUGUCGAUACAAGUAUUAUUGAAGUUAUAGAUCUAUACCAAGGAUUAAUUAAGUUGGUAAAUGAUACACGAGACCAAUUUCAUUUUUACGAAGAAAAAAGCAUUCAAAUAUCUAUUCAGAAAACGUAUGAAGCUGAAACUAGUCGUAAAAAAAAACGUAAACUGCAUUUCGAUGAAAUCCAAAACAACGAGAUUGAAAUGACAGCUCAAGAUAGCUUCAGAAUAAAAACAUUUAAUGUUAUUUUGGAUUGCUUGAAAUCAAAAUUAAUACAAAGAAACGACAGCUAUAAAAAAAUUAACGAAAAAUUUUCUGUAAUUACAGAACUUAGACAUUUAGAUGCAAAGAGUGUACGCGAGAAGUCAAAAUCUUUGCAAAGUUUUUUUAGUUUAGAUUUAGAGGAUUCGUUGGAAGAUGAAAUGCUUCAUUUUCAAGCACACUGCGCCGAGAAGAAUCUUGGUAACAUAUCACCUAUUGAUUUGAUGAAAUUUCUUCGUAAAAAUGAACUUGAUUCCGUGUUUCCAAACGUAGAUAUUGCAUACCGGAUGUUUGUAUGCACGCCAACCAGUAAUUGCAGCGCUGAGAGGUCUUUUUCAACUUUAAAAAGGGUGAAGAACUAUCUGAGAUCCACAAUGACUGAAGACAGACUAAAUUCACUUGCUGUGUUGACGAUCGAGUGCGAGUCUGAAGUUUUAUUAUCAUUAGAUUUCGAUGAUAUCAUUGAACAAUUCGCCUUCCAAAAACUCGACCGGCUGUUGUGGUUUCGUUCAGGGACGGCUUUCACUAAUAUGAAAAUCCACCACUCCACUAUUUCUUUACUACCUGCAGCCGCUGAGGCGGCUGCAGGUAGUAAAGAAAUAGUGGAGUGGUGGAUUUUCAUAUUAGUGAAAGCCGUCCCUGAACGAAACCACAACAGCCGGUCGAGCUGCAGUGGACACGUUAUUUACGACCCUAAAACCUUUUCUAUUAUAUUGUAUUAUUUGUGGCAAGAACACAGGAAAUGCGAAGGCACUGCAUUGUUUUCCUCGAUCGCUUGCAAGAUUUUAGAAUGGGGAGAAGCACUACAAAUUGACAAUACAGAAAAAAAAGUUUAA